UUCGCAUUUCAAACAGACCGGAUAUCGCGUUUGUCGUUCAUUCCCGGGUCUUACAAUCGACUCGGUGAUAACCGAGUUAACGAUAAACUUGAUUUACUAAAUAUGUCAUUUUGAAAAUUCAUAAAAAAUAAUUAUUUGACUUUUAAAGCAGCAUUUCAUUGAUUAAUUGAUGUGAUACAUAUUUAUGAUAUAUAUAUGAGAAUUGUUCACAUAUGCCAUCUAUUGGUUUGAUUAUGAAUGAAGUUCUUCUGUCAACAUAAUGCGGGACAGCUGAUGUAAGCAAUUGGAGUUGACGUAUGGCUGAAUAUUGUUGAUUAUGGCAUCAGCUUCGGUUCCACUACUGAUGGAUGACGAUACAAUUGCAUUUGGUGAGGAGGACGAGGUCCAAUCCGGAAAACUCAAACAUCCAUACGUGACGCUUUUUCAUCUAGCAUUCCGCACAUUAGCUAUAGUUGUUUAUAUGUUCUGCUCAUGGUUUACUGAUGGGUUUAUAGGUAGUUUUGUUACAAUAAUGCUCUUAUUAUCCAUGGACUUUUGGACAGUUAAAAAUAUUACUGGGAGAUUGAUGGUUGGUCUUAGAUGGUGGAAUUACAUUGAUGAUGAUGGGAAAAGCCAUUGGAUUUUUGAGUCUAAAAAGGAACAACAAUUAAGCCGAAUAAAUCCAACAGAAGCCCGAAUAUUUUGGCUAGGAUUAAUCAUUUAUCCUUUACUCUGGGGUAUAUUCUUCAUUGCAGCCUUAUUUAGUUUUAAAUUUAAAUGGUUACUACUUGUUUGUAUUGCCUUUGUAUUAAAUGGAGCAAAUCUUUACGGAUAUGUAAAAUGUAAAAUGGGUAAAGACAAGAACAUCUCUGCUGCUACAAGUGAUUUUUUGAGAAAACAAGUAAUGCAGAACGUCAUGAGUUCGAUGAUGACUAAAAGUCCUCCAACAACAUCUAGUCAGCCAACGAAUAUGAUUUAAUUUUACGAUCUACCCAGAAUG